GGAUGAAAUGGGCAGUGCCUGCGUGCACCCGGGGAGGGGUCUAGGGUCACGAGUAUCCGGGGCGGUCGCGUGUACGGGUAUAAAUAGCCUUGUUGCGCAGCAUUAAAUUGGCAUUUUGGUGUUACACACUGUGUGUGUGUCCCGUAUGCCCCACACGCGGAGGUGUGGACAGAAGGGAAGCGUUAUUACGUUGUCGUAGACAACAUCUGGUGACCCCGACGUGAUUUUGGGCGUGAGCAAGGCGCCGAGAAGCCGGAGCCGUGAUGGGGCUCGGCGUGCAGGAGGUGGUGAGUAGGCAGAAAUCCUUGGCCAAGGAAGUAGGGAUAACACUACAUAAGAAGGAGUGCCUCGCACUCCUUCAGUGGAUGCUGCGCAAGCAGUGUGCGGAGUCCCCAACAGACUGUCUGCAGAAAGUGGUUUUAGAGAAGGUGGAUCAGGAGCUAUGGAAAGGGGCAAGUGCAGGAAAUAAGGAGGCACUGGGACUUAUCCCUGUGCUGGGGACGGUGAGAAGUGUGAUACAGAAAGUGAAAGACGAGCGGCAUCUUGAUGCCACGGCACGUCAAGUGUUAUCGGGGACGCCUGAUGACACUGAGACAGCCAAAACCGAUGGAGAGCAGGGAAGGAAACGGUCGGAGGGAGAGGAAAACAAGACGGGCAAGGUAGGGGAAGAGACGGGGAUGGAAGCUCCGCUUUUAGCCCCUUCAGGGGCGCCAAGGCAAGGGCAGACGACCCCAGGGGUUCAGACCUCAGACGACGGACAGUUUUGGUCUAUGAAUCCGAAGGAAACACUGACAUGUUUCCCGAGGGCUCCCGUUCCUUCAGCCCCCUGGCCGGUCCAGGCAGGGACGCCCGCUUUUACAGUGGCACCUCCGCCCUAUGGUGCAGCUCCCCGUGGUGCAGCUGCGCCGGGCGUAGGUGAGGGAAGGAUGCUGGGAUCUAGCCCUGUGGAGCAGCCUCUCCCCUCAACCUCGAGGAGGGUUAGUGGCUCCAAAGAUAGGGCAGAGGGGUCCCAAGGGCGUGGGGCGGAUGAUGACACCAGUUCCUCGGAGGAGGAGGAGGGUCGUCUUUGCAUACACCUGCCAUCAGAGGGAGAAAGGAGACAGUGGGGGCAGGCACGGGACCAAGUUCGCAGGGCCGGUGAGCGCUGGGUUAUUCGUGCUCAGGAGUGCAUGCUCUCCGGAUGCGAGCUUGAGCCCAUGCCACGCUCUUGCUACCCUGUUUUUGUUGGCGGACCGCAGGGUCCCCCAUGGCAACCGGUAGAUUACAAAAUGCUAAUGCAGUUGAGAAAAGUGGUCCAAGAGGGAGGUCUUACCGGAUCGCAGGCGCAGGUACCGAUUUUUGAGGUGUGCAUUCAGGAGGAGGUAGACAGCUUGCGAGCUCGUGCGCAGGCAGACCCAGCUCAUCCUCUACACAACAUCCCAGCGGAUGCAAUCGCAGGAAAGGGUAAUUGGAGUACCCCUCAGAAAAAACUGAUUUUGCCAGCCACCGUUCUUGUCACAGCAGCAGACUUGGGCAGGCGAGCGCUUGAGCGGAUGCAUAUGCUUACUAGUGGGUCGCCAAGUUAUCUCCAUAUUAGACAAAAACCUGGGGAGCAUUUCGGCUCCUUUGCAGACCGAGUACAGACAGCUAUCUCAAGUAGCAACCUGCCCCCGGAAACACAGGAAAUAGUGCUGCGAGAAUGUUUAUGUUCGAGCACAGCUCCAGAGUACAAGGCUGCUCUUGCAGCCCUUCCUGCCACAGCCACAGCAGGGGAACUCAUAGCGCGUGGCUGCGCUUUCGGUCGAGCUCAGGAGGUGCAGCCAUUGGCUGCGGUUUUGUCUGAGCAGGUUGCUGGGAUAACAGCAGCUUUGCAAGCGAUGGCAGUCCAAACCACACCAGACGUCUGCUUCCGUUGCGGUAAGGGAAGGCAUCUUGCUCGCAACUGCUUGCAGGGCCGGGGAUAAAGAAAGGGACAGUCUGCCAGCCAGGCUGAUGUGCCAUUGGUUCAAGUUAGUUUUGAUUUAGGAAACAGACCCAUACUUAAAGCACAAAUCUUGAUUCAAGGCCUGACACAGCCAAAUCCGAACCAGAAAACCAUUUCCUUUCUAAUCGACUCCGGAGCAGAUGUCACCACUAUUUCAACGGCUGUGUGGCCCUCCUCUUGGGCCCUGGAAACACUCCUGUGCUCAGUCAGUGGGGUGGGGGGUUUCGUGACGGACCAUCGCAGUCACUAUCCCGUCCUCUUUUCAUGGGAGGACAACGGGCAGGAGUGGACAGCAGGACCGAUUCGGCCUUAUGUCCUGGACAUCCCGCUCUCGUUGCUGGGACGUGAUCUCUUAGCCCUCGCCGGGGCGAGAGUUGUCAUAGAGCCCAACAUCCAGGUUUUAGCAAAUAGGCACCAGGAUCCCUCCAGCCUUACAUCAGCCAGCAGAAAAGUCUGGCCAGCAGGCAGGCAGCAGCGCCCGCUCACAGGAAGCACAAACCAGCAGUUUCUCUUCUGCUGGAUGCUGUCAGGAGCAGCCUACAAACUGCAGAAUCGAAGCUGUAAUUCCUCAUCACUUUUACGGCAUUCUCCACAGAUGCCGGAUCGGGUACGUUUCCAUUCUUUUGAAAUGAAUGUGUAUUCUCCACGAGUGAUUUGGUCUUUCAAGGAUAGUUGAGUAUUCGCUCAUUACAAAAAGGGCGUGACUGUGUCAAAGCGUUACGCUUUGCAGUCGCGAUAAUGGGGGUUCCCAUAGCGUUAAAAACGGACAAUGGACUGGGCUACAGAAGCCAUUGUUUUGAGGCCUGGUGGUGCACUUGGGGUAUCCAGCGCGUGUUUGGGAUCCCACUUAUUUCCCAAGGACAAGUAAUAGUGGAGCGCGCACAUCAGCUCCUGAAAGGGCAGCUCCAUGCCCUUAAAGAGGGGUCAUCAACGCAGUUGUCCUCGUCACUGUUGGAGCAGUGAUAGAAGAGGCCCUUUGCACAGCGUGACCAUGUUCUGGGCCGAGCAAAGACAUUGUUUGUCACAGAUCCGACACGAUGGGAGGGUCCUUGGAUAUAUGCACUCCUUGCACUUGCACCUCCCACAGUCUUCACCUGGGCCAGCGUGUGGCCCCUGCAAGCUGGGGUUAAGUCCGUGCAGAAGAUAACGGUUGACAUGAUCCGUUCGGCGAUUGGCUGAAGAACCUGUUUGGCGGACUUGGGCCGUGGGUCACCCAGAUACUUAAAGUAGUCGGUAUAGUGCUCUUAGUGCUUAUCUGCAUUGCAUUUUGCUUACCAUGCUUGAUAGGAUGUUUGCAGCAGUGCUUACAAAGAAUGAUGGAACAAGCCUUUGAUCGGCGCAUGGAAUACCAUAGGCUACGCGAACGCUUGUGAUAAGUCUUAGGUAGUUAAUAUGAAGUACGCACCUGUAUAAUGUGCGAACAUUAGAGCUUAAGCAGUAGAUAAGUUAGUUGGGAGAUAGGUUAUAGGGGGUUUUGCGAUCGCGCUGUAACGGGGCAAGGCUUUUCCAGGCAUGGGAGGAGAAAAAUGAAAUAGGCGGUAACCGAGCGUGCGGGAUGUGACGCGACAGGACCUCCCCUGCCUAGUAUAUAUAUGUAAGACACGCUUAGGCCUUGUAGGGAUAGUUGGGGAAACUGGGAACCAAGAGAGGAACGUAUUAAAGGGGCUGUUAAAGACGGGGGAGGUGUGGGAUGAAAUGGGCAGUGCCUGCGUGCACCCGGGGAGGGGUCUAGGGUCACGAGUAUCCAGGGCGGUCGCGUGUACGGGUAUAAAUAGCCUUGUUGCGCAGCAUUAAAUUGGCAUUUCGGUGUUA